ACUAUCUUAUAUGUAUGAACAGGUUUCACUGAACGACCUACCUGCUACCGGCCUUGCAUUAAGGUUGUAUUAGGGACAUCAAUUUGGAAAUUUUCUACUUUAGUCGUGGUUAGAGCAUUGACGAGACGAUUACCUCCAUUGGACGUUACAAAGAUGGAGGUGUCUCAAGAUUUUUCCUUGGCUUCUAAACAUUCAGCCAGUGGGCUCCGAAUGACAAGUACUGAGCUGACUGCUUACGCAGUAAUUUCUUUUAUUGUGGUGCUAUGGUGUCACUACAAAUGGAACCGCAGACACUUCGAAAAAUUGGCAUCCAAAAUGACGGGACCGCCGGCAUACCCUAUUAUUGGCGCAGGGCUUGAGUUUGUUGGUACACCUCAACAGGUCAUGGAGAGAAUAAUUAAACUGUACGACAUCUAUGGUUCUGAACCGUUCAAAGUGUGGAUGGGUACAUCUUUGGGCGUAACCAUAAGCAAACCAGAAGACGUACAAAUAGUAUUAAACAGUUCCAAGGCCUUGGAGAAAGACCAGUUCUACAAAUUUUUCAAGAAUACUGUAGGUGAAGGCUUGUUUUCUGCCCCAGUUCAUAAAUGGCGAAGACAUCGUCGUCUUAUUACUCCAGUGUUUAACGCCAAGCUUCUUGAUCAGUUUUUUCCUGUUUUCAAUGAAAAAAACCGAAUUCUCACAAGGAAUCUAAGGAAGGAAUUAGGUAAAACACAACCAUUUGAUCUUUGGGAUUAUAUAUCGGAUACCACGCUUGAUAUCAUUUGUCAAACCGCAAUGGGGUACAACCUUGACACUCAAUCAAAUAACGAGUCUGAAUUUGCUGAAGCGUUAACAAAAGCAUCAGAAUUAGAUUCUAUGAGAAUUUACAAACCAUGGUUGCAUCCUGAUAUAAUAUUUUCAAUCUACGGAAAACUUACUGGGCUACACAACGUCUACAAAACGUUGCACAAACUUCCAAAUCAGGUGAUCAAGGAAAUGAAAGAAGCAUAUGCACAGAAGAAAAUUGAAAAUAAAGCUAAAGCAAUAGAUGUCAACGAUGACGAUAAAACUCGUUUAAAAGUGUUUUUGGACACUUUAUUGGAACUAAAUGAAGCUGGUGCAAACUUUUCUGAUGAAGAACUAAGAGACGAAGUUGUGACUAUGAUGAUUGGUGGUAGUGAAACCAGUGCUAUCACACUCUGCUUUUGCCUAUUACUAUUGGCUAUCCAUCAGGAAAUUCAGGACAAGGUUUAUGAUGAGAUUUAUGAGGUAUUAGGUGACGGUGACCAAACAAUUACUAUUGAAGACACUACCAAACUAGUUUACCUCGAACAAUGUUUACGGGAAACUCUUCGAUUAUACCCUAUAGGGCCGAUGUUACUCAGACAACUCCAAGAUGAUGUCAAAAUUUUUUCAGGUGAUCACACGCUGCCAAAAGGAACAACAUGCAUUAUAUCUCCGAUAUGUACUCACCAUAUUCCUGAGUUGUAUCCGAAUCCAUGGUCGUUCAAUCCGGAUAACUUCGACGCUGAAAAUGUUUCAAAGCGCCAUAAAUUUAGUUUUAUAGCUUUCAGUGGCGGUCCAAGGGGUUGCUUAGGAUCCAAAUAUGCUAUGUUGUCAAUGAAAGUGCUCGUAUCUACAUUUUUGCGAAACUACAGCGUACACACGGACGUCAAAUUAAGUGAUAUUAAAUUAAAACUAGAUUUAUUAAUGAGAAGUGCUAAUGGUUAUCCUGUGACUAUUCGGCCGAGAGAUAGAAGACCUACAUAUAAACAGAAUAAGAAUUGUUCGACAGUGAUCUAAUUUGUGAUAAAUAAUAUUAAUAUAUAUUGUCAAAAAAAAAAAAAAAAGAUUAAACAAAUGAAUUGUUUGUAAGUAAAUGGUUUUAUAAAAGUAAAGUGGUCUAUCCAAUUUUACAAUUUAUAGGUGUUGUUAUAUUCAUGAAUAUUAUUGACUUGUAAUCUUAUAUAUUUAUGUCAAAUUGUCGAAUUGUCAAGUGUGAAAAAUGUAUUUUAUUUAUAAUAUUUACUAUGAAAAUCGUAAAUAAUUGUAUACAAUUGUCAAUAGAUGACUCUCGAUAGUAGCAACUCUUAUUUUGUGUUAAUAAAACUAUAAAUAAAAGGCCUUAUCAAAACAGGUGGGUGCUUCUAUUCUCAA